UUUUUUUUUUAUCAACCUAGGACAUCUCAGAAGAGGAGCUCAUUUGAGUGAAUUUGUGAGAGCGUGUGGAUAGGCUGAAACUGGGUCAUAUCCGUCACGAUUAAUUGUAGGAUUCGUUUAAUUAAUAAUUUAUUAGUAGCCUACUUAUUUAUUUAUUUGUUGAACUUUUCGUGAAAAUAUUGUGAAGAUGAGUGGAAGCACGCGGAGUUUGUGUACAGUCAAUGACAUCAGAACAGAAGACAGAAUGGAGAACUGCAGAAGACUCCGGCUCACUCUACAAGACCAGCACCAGGAGCAGAACUACAGCAAGCCAAUCGGACGAGCUUUUGCUGUGGUGCAGCCUCCCUCUGAGAGGGAGCCUUUAAAGAGUGAGCCAAUCAAACCCGCUGACGAGAAGGUUGAAGUCAUAAAGGUGUAUCUGAAAGCUCGUGAACAGCAGCAGACCCAACACCAGCAGAGUCUGAGGAUGCUCUCAGAGGAAGUGUCACAAAUUCAAGAGGUGAGAUAUUGUCUGAAGAACUUGAGGGAACAGAUGGCUGCCAAAAACAACACCUACAAAACAGAGAGCAGGAUCCGCUUAUCCACCACUGGUUCCAGAGACCAACCUCUGCUCAUCAUCAUCAUCAUCAUCAUCAGUGCCAUCUUCAUCAGCAGCAACAUCCUCAUACUCUACAGCAGAACAGAACCACUGCAGUGUGUGUGUGUGUUCUGUAGGUCAGAGGAGCUUUACCAGGAGAAUGCUCUCCUGAAGGAGAAACUGCACCACCUAGACGACAUGCUGAAGUGCCAGCAGAGAAAGCUCAGAACCAUGAUUGAACAGGUGCAGAACUCAAAGAUGGUGAUCCAGGAGAGAGACCGGGUGAUCAGAGAGCUGGAGGAGAAAGUGGCCUACCUUGAAUCUGAGAACAGAGAGAUGCACGACCAGAUGGAUUACUAUCUGGGAGGUCAGAGGCGAAACUCCUACCUGUCAUCUGACCAGAACCCCCAGAUCGUCUACAGUAAGCCUUUGAGGCCCUCUACACAAAGCAGCAAGUCUCUGCCCUUCAUCAAGGUCAUUGAGAUCAAAUCGUGAGUGGGCAAGAUGGUUUGGCUGUGGUAACACCACGGCCACAGAGCACUCAGCCCAGCCGUCGUAACCCGUAAGGAAGGCCACAUCUGCAGCCGCACCACCAAUUGCCAUGGCAGCAUCACAGCUCAGCAAUUUCAUGCAUUUCACCAACUGACCAUCUCAACCGCAUUGUGCACCGAUUUUCACACUAUGUGUGUUAGUGUGUGAGUGUGUGUGUGUGUGUGUGAGAGUGUUGUAAGUUCUAAGUGACUCCAUCUGGUUUCUGCCAUGUAUAGUUGGAUUUACUGCAGCUUAGCUUCAUACUCAGUCGGUUGUAGCACCUGUGUGCCCUUUUCCAUGUACAGUACAUAUGAACACUAUGCAGCCACAGCUUGCUCUGAAACAAGCUAAAUCUAGACACAUGCUAAAUCUACACACACACACACACACACACACACACAAACACAAACAGAAGGGAUAUGAAGGGAUAAAGAAACAGGUAAUGAAAAGGAAGGCUAAUGAGAGAUGGGGGGGGGGGGGGGGGGGUUGGUAGGGAGACAGAAAGAAAGAAAUAUGAUUUAAUUUGCUACAGUUUCCCUCCUGACGGCACAUGUAAACACAUCUUAGCUGUCGAACCCAGUUUACCUCAGUCUGUUAACACACACGCACAACACACUGCAACUGAUUAAGGGGCUUUAACACGGCUACUCAGAUUAACAAGAACAGGGCUGAUCUUUAUACAGAAAGACAAGCAGCAGACACAGCAGUGGGCUGUGUGUGUGUGUGUGCGUGUGCGUGUGUGUGUGUGUGUGUGGGGGGGGGGGGUGAUAAAUAAGCGAAGGGCUGGGGUAAUUGUUCUCUAUCAUGUUUGAAUCAAGACCAAACGGGAAGCUGGAUCAUCCCUGAUGAUGAGUUAUGGGGAAGGGAUGUCGUGUCGAUACUGGCCUCGAGCAUUCCAGAGCACACCCGCAUGUCAAGUCGAGUCAAGUCUGUCGCCUGGAGUCAGGCAUAGUUUUUAGGUUAAUGGAAAAAAAUCACACGUGCUGAUUAGAUAAGGAAGAAUGUGUUAUACACUGUGGUGAAUUCAAUGAAGUAGCUAGCGGCUAAAUUAAAUACCAAAAGAACUAUUUCAAAAUUUCUGAUAAUUCAGUCCAUUUUAAAUCUAAGCCAGUCAGAGUGAAGGGUUCAUUCGGGACAGGAAAUGGGAAAUGACAUCGCAGAAUCAGAUUAUUUUUUUUUAAAGUAGUGUCACUAUGGCAGCUCUGAGUGUUUGUUGGGACUCAGAGGCUCAAACAGGCAGGGUUUCAAUAGCAAUAACCUAUAAACCAUCUCUUCCUCUAUAUCCCACUGACGUUUAAGACAUUAGACUAUAACACACCUUCUUUCUUUUGAUCUCCUUUUUGUACAGUUUAUGACCCUUUAUUUCAUGUAGUUGCAUAAACGUUGGAGGGAGACCAGUCCGACAAGUCUGUUAUCAUCUGUGUGUGUGUGUGUGUGUGUGAGAGAGAGAGAGAGAGUGAGGGUCAAGACUCUGAUCGGAACUCAAUGACAUCACCUGUGUGUGCGUGUUCAUGCAUGUGUGUGUAAUGUCGAAGGAACUUGGCAGGUUGCAUCACUGCAGCUGUGCUGACAUAAGGAAUAUGAAGAAGAUGAUGGUGACAAUGAAGAGUAUUUAACACACAGCAAUGUGUCCUAUUUAAUGUUGAUCCCUGAUAGGAAACACACAUGUUCAGUUCAGUAUCAUGAAGCUUUUUUUCUUAAUGGUUAAGUUUGUACAUAGUAUCAUGUUUGUGUUAGAGUCCUUCAUUUUCCUGUGUUAUUUACUUUUGCUAUCCUGAAAAACUCUGUAGCACUAAGCCAAAGGCUUUCUCCUGAUGCUCUGUAAAUAGUGAAGGCUUUUUUGUAGUUAUUUUUGAUGUGAUCUUGAAAGCAUGUAAUAACUUAUAUCUAAAUACUGUGUGAAUGCUUUGAAUAUUUCAAUAAAUCAGCCCAAAUCGUUA